AUGCGUGGAAAGCUUUUAUCGGAACGGACUCGCCUGUCCGGUACAGCGAGUGAUUUGUUAAAUUCCAUGGCGCCUCGCCUAGCUGAGCGUUUCUCUCCAUUUGUUAGCGUGUUUAUACCGCCACUUUUACAGCUGUGCGGUCGAACAAACAAAGUGGCCUUACGUCGUGCGGAAAAGAGCUUGCACUUGAUCUGCCGACACUGCCGGCUACCAAAUGUGGUGCCAUAUUUGAUUCAAUCACUGAUGGACAAGUCUGGCAGCACACGCGCUUCCGCUGCAGAAUGUUUGGUCGUUUUACUAGAGUCGUGCGAUCCUGAGCGACUUCAGAGACGUGUUAAGGACGUGGAGCACGCGAUUCAACUCCUUGCAACCGACGCAAAUCCUCAGGCGCGUGCAUUGUGCCGCCAAAUCUACGGUCUUUAUGCAGGCAUGUGGCCAGCUCGAUGCGCUUCAUUUUUUCCAACGUUGUCUCCCACUGCUCGACGCUAUUUGGCCGCCGUGCAGCCUGUUGAGAGACUUUAUACGCAUGACGACGUCCAGCACCAGGAAGAUACCCCAUCACCCAUUGCUACUCACCCUAUGAUCACACGCGUAUCGCGAAUAGAGCCUCGGCAAAAGACCAGAUCACCGACGCUCGUGUCCAAGACACAAAGCACAUCUAACACUCUACAAUCCUUGACUAUACCACGCACGCCCCCCACGCCACUAGCGUCAAGCGCAGAUCCAUUUGAACGCACGGGCGUCCCACCCGUGCCACCGCGCGGCUCAAAUCCUAGUGAUGGCGUUGCUUACCGAUUGGCUCUCGCACGCGAGCAGGCAAAGCUUCGUGCGACGCAGCGUCUUGGUGCCACAUCUACAGACACCCCUGGCACACGUCUGGCAUCGCGGGCCUUGGCGCGCUCAUCUGCUUCAAUUGGAAGUGCACGCCGUGUUGUUGUCGGACGAAGCGAGCCCACAACACCAACGACACCGCAACCUUACACCGUGGAUAAGAAAAACACUAGUCCUUUCACUGCAAGUUCGCAAUUCACACCAAAGCGGCGUCCAUUCUCGGUGGUGAAUCAGGAUCGAUCGCCACAAGCUCGUAUGGGGCUGCGCACGACGCACGCAAACAUAGAUGAAUAG